AUGAUAAGGACCAUCUAUAUAAAUUCGACCAAUUCCUGUUGUGGAAUAAUAAUUCGUCUGUCUAUAAACCACCUACGCACUAUGACAACCAAUCCAAAACCAAAAGUUUUAAGAACUUCUCCAUUUGCCUUAUCGGAAACUAGAUGGAAUAAACUCCGUGAGAUUGCUGAUGUUAUCGAUUGUGAAUCGAAGAAUCGUGAAGAAUUUAUUAGUGAUUUACAAACCAAAUACAAUGAUAUAACUAGUAUUGCACGUGAUUUUGACUCAAUUGAAAUUACAGGUCGAUUGGAUGCUGAAAUUGCUAAAUACGCACCAAGUAGUUUGAAAAGUAUCAGUCAUUGUGGCGCAGGUUAUGAUCAAAUUGAUGUUGAACCAUUCACUAAAUUAGGUAUUCAAGUUUCCAAUGUCACUGAUCCUGUAGCUGGUCCUACUGCUGACACUGCUGUAUUUUUAUUAUUGGCAGCUAUGAGAAGUUUUAUACAGGGUCACAAGGCGUUGAUUCAAGGGAAAUGGCCCAAGGCCGCGGCUGAAGGUAAGACUGUAAUCGAGAUGGCACACUCGCCACAAGGUAAAGUGCUUGCGAUCUUGGGAAUGGGAGGUAUUGGCAGAGCCAUUAGAGACAGAUUGACACCAUUUGGGUUUGACAAGAUCAUCUACUACAACAGAAACAGAUUAUCACCUGAGUUAGAAGGUAAUGCCGAAUAUGUCAGUUUAGAUGAGUUGUACAGGACUGCAGAUGUGAUUGUGAUUGGUAUCCCAUUGAAUGCCAACACCAGACAUAUGAUUAACAGGGAUUCCAUUGGGAAGAUGAAGGACGGUGUUGUGUUGGUGAAUAUUGCCAGAGGAGCCAUUAUAGAUGAAGCUGUGCUCCCAGAAAUGAUCAAGUCUGGUAAGAUUGGGGCAUUUGGGUCUGAUGUAUUUGAACACGAGCCACAAGUAAGUCCUGAAUUGUAUGAAUUACCUAAUGUUGUUUCCUUACCUCAUUUGGGAACACAUUCUAUUGAAGCUUCUAGAAGCAUGGAAGAGUGGGUAGUGGAAAAUGUUGAAAGUUACAUCAAAACCGGUAAAGUUAAAACUAUAGUUCCAGAACAAAAAGAUGUCUUUUAG